AUGGUCAUGCGAGUAAAGAUGGACGUAGGGUUCAAACCUCGUAGGGCCUCACUGGUACAAAUCGCGAGGGCUCCUGAGGUAAACCGAACAAAACAUCGCGGUGAUAACAGGGUCAGCUAUUCGUUUGUGGGCGUUCUCGCAGGGAGGAGAUUCGAAACGGCGGGAGGCAUCGCAUCGCAUCAGAGUGUCGAUGUGAUGCAAAGGAACCACGGACUGAAGACGUUCUUGAGAAAGAGCUACUUUCCAAGAUGCCACGGACGGUUGAAGUGGACAUCAUGCAAAGUUCAUCCGAGUGGCUAUAUACCCACUAGUCAGCGCGGACAGAAACGAGAGCCUAGACGCGAAGAAGAGUCUUCAAAAGUACUUCUUUCUGUUCGACACUGCACCGUUUGUGAGGUGUAUCCAUUCCAGGGUAGUCAGGAGAGUGAACGAGAAGGGAAGUCGAGGCGCGCACUUUCUAGUAUGCUUCGACAGUCACAUAUGCGGUCAUUGCUCGGAGAGAAAGAUGUGUUUUGUUUGCUCUACGUCGGUAGCCGGGCCGAUUUGGAGCGGUUCUCUUUGCUUUCAGCCUUCACAGCCAAAUCUGACGAGGCGCCCGGACAUCACAAAUUGGUGCUACAGAGCUUCAUCCUAUCUCCCUCUCCGACACUGCACGUUUGGAUGACAUUUUCAGUGUCACACUGUGACUUUCGGGAUAAUCGUUCGGUUGUGGAUUGA